AUGACAUCAGUUGUUCCUUUUGAUCAAGAGGCACAUUAACUUAAUGCAUCCAGUUAGCCUAAUGAGACUAUGAUUGAAGACUAUGAUGAAUUUCGAAGGCCCCCCAUUUUGGAGAUAUGCCUUAAGCAUUAGUCUGCAACUUAAUUUGCUAUAGCAGAUGCUAAAGUUGAUUUAAAUAAAAACAACUUAUGUCCUUGUUGUGGUUAACCAAUCAUUCUUACAUAAUUACCAUUGACAGCAUCUAUCCUGGAUUUCAGUUUCAACGGACCUGGAGUUUCUUUAUAUUUUGAUUUCUUGAUGUUUAGUUCCGUCUUGAUUUCAACGUUUAUAAUAGUUUGUGGAAUAUAUGAUUUAAUAGCAAGUACUUUGGGUGACACAUGCCAUAAAUUGAAUACAAUGGGAGAAUUAGAAUGUGUUGACAAUUUUUAUAGCAAAUUUGCAAAAGCAAAUCAAGACAAUUAACAUCCAGAUAUAGCAGGGAGUGUGUUAAACUUUAUCACAACAUUAAUCUUAAUAAUACUUUUGUUUUUAUAUAGAAAAAGAAUUAAUCUUUUGGCAAACAAAAUUGAUGAAAAAAGUAUAUUGGCAUCAGAUUAUUCCAUAAUUAUUGAAAAUAUCCCCAGAGAUGCAAAGGAAGAAGAGAUUAGACAAUUCUUUAGUAAGAUCAAUAAUGUUGAAUACAAAAUACAAAAGAUUUGUAUGGGAUAUUAGAUCUAAGAGUAUUUGAGAAUUCUGAAAUCAAAGCAAGAGUAAGAGAAGACAUUUACUAAGAUUUUAGAAUGUGAGAGAUUGGGUAAGCCAAUUCCUCCUCGACUACCAAAUAAAGUUGAUUUAACUAAGACUUUAGAUUAGUUAGCAUAUCAAUUGGAUUAAUAUGAGGACAAUUUUUAAAAUUCCUUUUAAUUUAGUGGUGUUGCCAUCAUAUCAUAUAACACCGAGGAUGAAGCUAAUGCUGUUUGCAAGUUUUUCAAGGCCACUAGAUUGCAUCUUAUCCUAUCCUAAGUUUUGAGAGUAAUAGGAAAGAAAGAUAUCAGAAGAUUUGGAGAUAAUGUUAUCCUCGUAUCGAAAGCACCUGAACCAGGAGAUAUUUUAUGGGGAAACUUGGGAGUCACAUUGUUAGAAUAAUACAAAAGAAAAUUAAUAACAAAUUUAGCAACAAUAUUUUUGUUGGGAAUAUGUUUUGGGAUUUUAUUUGGAUUAUCUUAUGGCUAAUUUUCAUUGACUGAUACUGGAAAAGGCGAAUAGUUGAGUUAAGCAGAACUUAUUGCUAUUACAAUUUUGGGAGUGGUUGCUUCAGUUCUGAUUUCUAUUAUAAAUAAUAUAUUGGCAAUUAUUAUUAGAAAAUUUGCAGAAUUAGAAGCUCCAACAACCAAGACUGAAUACGAUAUUAGUGCUGCAAAGAAAUUAGGAUUUGCUCAGUUUCUUAACACUGCCAUAAUAACUUUAAUUGUUAAUUUGGUAAUUGUAAAGGAAGGAGAAAAAUCUUAUUAUGCAGUGAUCAAACAGGGAGGUUUAAAUUAAGAUGUCAUGUUGAUUUUUAUUACUAAUGGAAUCAUGCCAUGGUUAAUGGCUUUGCUGGAUCCAUUUUAUUUGUACAGAUUAUUUAUGAGAUACCAAAUUCAAUUAUAGGGUUAAGCCUGUAAUGUUACUUAAUAAGAAGCAAAUGAGUAUUUUGCUGGUCCUAUGAUUGAUUUAUCGAAAAAGUAUGCGUAAUUGGGAAAAACCUUGUUAUUUACAUUCUUUUACGCAUAUCUACUACCCCUUGGACCUGUCCUUUCAUUGGGUUCCUUAUUGGUGAUAUAUUGGGUGGAAAAAAUAUUAUUACUCAGGAGAGAUUCCAAGCCAGCACCAACAGGGAGUGAGAUGGCAGAAGAGAUGAUAGACUUCUUUGGAGAAUUCACAUUGUUGAUAUAUGCAAUUGGCUGUCUGGUUUGGGAAUCAAUUUUAAAUGAUGCCAUAUUUCCUUUGACAUGGGCUCAAUUUGCUAUAGCUGUUUUGAAUUUCUUGGUGCCAAUAGAUACCAUAUUUGAUUUAUUUUGGAAGACAGAGGACAUUUCUACUCAAGAGUUCUACGAGACCCAAUGCUUUAAGUUUUGGGAUGAUUACGAUAGAAGGAAUCCCAUUACUGCUGAAAAAGCCAUAGAAACCUUUUUGAAAAACACUACAGCAUUGCCUCAGUAACAAGUGGAUGGAAGAGGGAAUAUUGUGUUAAAGAAUUAGGAGUUCAAAAAAUAAGAAAAAAACAAAAAGGCUAAGAAUAAACACAAUAAGGAGGAUUGA